GAGGAAGAAGACGGUGAAAAGAUGGAGGAGCUGUCCCGGCGGGCGAGGGAGGCCGGGCAGUGGGUGAGAAGGUGCUGUUGCUGUGCUGAGGAAGAGGAGAAUGGUGAGGAGAAAGGUUAUGAUGGAGAUGAAGAAGAGGAGGAAGAGGUGAAGAUGGAGGAGUUGAACUUCAGGAAAAGUUCAGCUUCACUUCCGUCUGCUGAGCUGGAUUCGGACUCAUCCACCUCUGGCUCUCAGUCUCACUGGUUCCACACUCUGCAGGCCCGUCGGCUGAAAGUCCAGCGUGGGCGCAGCAACAGCGACCCACUGAGAGGGGAGGGCAGUCGGGAGCCUCUUACCUGGAAAGCAGGUCUGGAGUUUGGGGCAGCACACUCGUACCUGAGUCUGGAGAAACUGGGUGAAGGAACCUUUGCCUCGGUCUACAAAGGCAUCAGCAGGAUAAACGGGCAGCUGGUUGCUCUGAAGGUGAUUCGUAUGAAGACGGAGGAAGGUGUCCCGUUCAAUGCCAUUAGAGAAGCCUCUUUGCUCAAACGUCUGAAACAUGCCAACAUUGUCCUCCUGCACGACAUCAUCCACACCAGAGAGACACUCACCUUCGUCUUUGAGUACCUGCAGACAGAUCUGGCCCAGUACAUGAUCCAGCACCCUGGAGGUCUACGCUAUCACAACGUGCGGAUCUUCAUGUUCCAGCUGCUGCGAGGUCUCUGCUACAUCCACAGCCGCAGGAUCCUCCACCGAGACCUUAAGCCCCAAAACCUGCUCAUCAGCUACCUCGGAGAACUCAAACUGGCCGACUUCGGUCUGGCUCGGUCCAAAUCCAUUCCCAGUCAGACCUUCUCUUCGGAGGUGGUGACGCUGUGGUACCGCCCCCCUGAUGUCCUGCUGGGAUCCACAGACUACUCCACAGCUCUAGACAUAUGGGGGGCUGGGUGCAUUUUCAUAGAGAUGCUGCAGGGGGCGCCAGCAUUCCCAGGAGUCUCUGAUGAGUUUGAGCAGCUGCAGAAGAUCUGGGAGGUCCUGGGCCUCUCCUCUGAGGACAGCUGGCCUGGUGUCAGCCUUCUACCCAAUUACAGACCAGAGCGGUUUCUUUACUCAGAACCAAAGCAGCUUAGGACCGUUUGGAAAAGGUUGGAGCAGCUGCCAUAUAAGACCGAGGACCUGGCCCAGGAGAUGCUAAAGGUGGUCCCUACAGACAGGAUCUCGGCUCCGGACGCCAUGCAGCACCUGUACUUCAACACACUGCCUCCUCCCAUCAUGCACCUCAGAGACACUGUGUCCAUCUUUAAGGUUCCUGGCAUUCGUCUGGAAACGGAGGUUAGAGACAUCUAUAACCCUGGGCGCAAGGUCAAACCUUCCCUGCUGCCCUCUGCUAAAUUCUGGUGACUGAAAUCUCAUAAGCAGCGCGUCAAGAUCUGUGGAGUGGAGAACAAACCCAGAUGUCUCUCUGAAGACACAAACUGGACUUUAAAGUGAUAUUAAUACAGUGCCAUUAAAUGUUUGCAGUUCAGUUUGGAGAGUCUUUCUGGUUUAAAUAAAGAUGUGUAUGUCAAACUUUCA